UCAGCCGACCCAUGUUAUCAUUAUCAAAGCCUGAGUGAUGCCAGUAGAAAGAGCAGUUACGAAACACCCUGGAACCAAGAGAUGUGUGAAGACCAACUCCUUAAGGGAUGGUACCGUUUUGUGGGAGCUGCAGGAACAAAAAUGCCAACAACACGUGUGCCAGCAUACAGAUGUGGUGCAGUCUGGUCAGGCUGGUUAAAUGGUGCUCAUCCAACACUAGAAGAUGGUGAAGUUUCUCGGAGGGUCUGCUUUAGUGAUCGCCCUACUGGUUGCAAAAACUCAAUAUGUGUCAAUGUAAAAAACUGUGGAUCCUACUUCAUCUACGAACUUCUCCCCCCACCUAGAUGUCUCUCACGCUACUGUGGUACAGACUGA